AUGAAAAUCCUCAGUCUUGCCACACUAGCACUUUUGAAUGCGGAGGAGAGGAAGAAGAAGAAGAAGAGAUUGUUGUUUAGUGGUCGUUGGCGAACACUGGUGACUCAUGAACUCGAUACCGUAAUCUAUGAUGAUGCUUUCUCUUCUGAUUCCAUGGGUUCCAUGCGAGGCACUGUUUGUUAUUUCCCGAGUUUAGUCUCUAUUUAA